UAACAGUAGAAAACCGAGAGUACAACCAUGAGAAGCUUUUCGGCCAGUAUCACCUUGUUCCUUGUUACCUGUUCGCUACAUCCGGGUCCUUCGUUCUCUCAGCAAAUGAUGCCGGUCCCGGCAGCACUCUUACAACAACUAGCUGACUACGGCUCCGAUCGGCUGACCGCCGAGGUCAAAAAGGUACAAAAUGCCUACUCCGAAGCCGUGGAGGCGUUUAAAACAGUCAACACAACUUGUAACAGUCUCCUCCAGGGCAAGACGGACAAAUGUUACUCCUGUGUCGAAACGUCCUGUAGGCAGAGAGGAGAAAAAGUCUGCAAGCCGUCGGAAUGGGAAGCCAUAUUAUCCAAGGGGGUUAAGUUUUUGACGAAGGACCUCACCAAGGUUCUCACCGGCACUUUUUUGGUUAAUGAAAUGGGCAAAGCGGUCGUCAAUGUCGGGGAGGAAAUUAAAGACUUCAUCAAAGGGCCAGUGAAAAAUAUCGUCGGAGACAUCGGCAAAACGAUUGGAAAGGGUGUUGGUGACGUCGGCAAGACGGUUGUGAAAGGCGUUGUUGACGUCGGAAAAGGCAUCGGUCACGUCGGAGAGGAAAUUGGUCACGGCGCCGAACACGUCGGAAAAGAAAUAGGUCACGGCCUCGUGCACGUUGGAGAAGAAAUAGGUCACGGCGUCGAGCACUUAGGGAAAGAGAUCGGCAAUGGUCUCAGUCAUGUCGGGGAUGAAAUCGGGAAAGGCAUCCAUCACCUGUCUCACGAAUUUCAUCACAUUUUUGGACGCAGAAGGCGUGGCUUUGGUCGCCGGGCCUCAGAACCCGGAUGUGACGCAAUUAAAGACGGUGAUGGAUGUAACUAUUACUUCAACACAUGCGCAGACUGUACACUGAAUCCAGACCAAGACUGCCCAGGUUUCAAGGCGGCCUACGACAACUACAAGGCAAGUUACGAGUCUCAGUUAUGGCUGGCGAAGGUGACGGAAUGGACAUACAAAAUAAUCAGUGUUAACGUAGAUGGCAACAGUUUUGACCAAGGAAGCCUUGCUUACAAGAAGGUGGAAGUCACGGUGCGGAUACUGGGCAAAGAUCUGAAAUUCUGGACCAGCCAAUCAGUGAACCCGUAUAACCCCCCAAUAGCCGCCUCUGCCAUUGUGAUGCAAGCUAUAAACUUAUUCAAAGCCGCGUAAUUUGAAUAAAACGGAUUUCAUUUCUCUCUUACAUCACGCUGUGUUUUUAGGCUAUUCUGCGGCGACACUUUUGGUA